AUGGAUCAAGACGCUACCCCUUCGCAUAUUCCAGAAAACGAGACGACCGCCAUAGAGAAACAUGACAUUACCCUUGGAGGAGGCGAGGAGGAUGCACCUCCGGGGGACUUGCAGCAGUCAUGGGCCGCGACAUCAGGACAACACGUUAUGCGCUAUCUCUCCACUGCCGAAAACGAAACGCUUAUCGCUCUAGCUGCCGCUGCAGCUGUCGUUAUAUACAUAAUUUUUGGGAGGCUGGGUCUGUUGUUCAUCGGGCUAGUCGCUGGAUUCCUCUUUCAUGAGUUCUGGGAUGGCGUUGCGGACAAGGACUCGCGCCGUGGAGAUCAGAGUCCUAGCUAUGUCAAGAGAAGGAAAGAACUUGGUCUUCAGGUUGCCUCUCGGCUGCUCGACUGGAACCCGCGAUCGAGUGUCAUAGAACGCGGCGACGAUGCCAGAGUUGUGGCGCCGAAUGAUGAUAUGGAUUUCUCCGGAUUUCGUCCUGCUACCGCCGCUGCUCUUUCGGAUCUAACCGAUGCCAUAUUAAGAGACUAUGUAAACUACUGGUACAGCCCAAUCCUACCUUCCGAAAACACUUUCCCCGUCUCUUGCAGAAAAGUCCUAGUCAACUUCAUCAAUUCGCUAUCAUCGCAUAUGACUCGCAAACGCUCAGCGGAUACCUUCCUUCAGUUUGUCACCAACGCAAGCUCAAUGAUCAUCGUAUUCUUGAAUGAGUUGUCCACAGCUCUCCAGACAACCGGCCCCGAUUCCCCGGCGACAGAAGACGUUAUCAAACACUAUUUGGAAAAUUAUCCGGAUAGUAGCUUGUCAAACGUGCUAUCCGUGGAUCAACAGCAAAAGAAGCUCAAGAUGGUAGCAGAUGAUGUUCUUUCUGGUUUCCUCGAACCCUCGGUAUAUAAAUGCGAGCCACUAAGGAGCUUUUUCCGCGAGAUAUUUGCGGGUGUGGUGCUGGAGUCGGUCGUCCAAAGCUGCUCAAAGCCAGAUUUCAUCAAUGGUUGGAUCCUAUAUUUGCUUAAAGAGGGUGAACCGGAGAUCCUAAACGCAAUUGAUGCUGGAUUGGAAAAUGCUCCGAAGGGCAAAGUUGCAUCAUCUGAAGCCUUUAGUGGCUCAUCUCAGACUUUGCCAAGCGAAAUUUCCGCACCCCUUCAGAGCGCCAAAGCAGCAGACAGCUCACUGGACACAGUGUUCCACACCAAAGGUUCAACCCCAGCUAUGGCAAAAGAGGGUCUGCCUUCGAAGGUGGAGGCAGAGGGCACGGAUUUGCCAGCUUCUACUGAAGCGGGACUCUCGGAACGAAGCCAUAGCAGUGACGGCCUAGAUUUCGUUGAAAUCGAGCGAAAUCAACCAAACCCAGACGAGACGAAGAUGACCAGUUAUCAAGAGCAGAAUCAAAGGGAAUUGCACACCCCUCUCCUCGGCGCCUCUGUAUCAGUUGAUGAUGGCUCACAUCCUGGAGACAAAGCAAUCAUGAGGUCUCAACCCACGGCCGAGUAUUCGCUUUUGAUUGAACCAGCUUCAGCACGUGAACCCGGUUGGAUGACUUUUAGAAGCUACCAAGAUUUCAACUAUUUACAUGAUGCAUUAACAACGCUAUCACGGUAUCACCACGUAUCAUUUUUGGACAGCCAUGCCCUUUUACCUACCUGGCGCGGACAAACGAAAUUCUCAUUAGCAAGGAAUCUUGAGAAGUACCUCUGUGAUGCUUUGAAACACGAAGAGCUCGUUCAAUCAGACCGCCUGAGGCGGUUUUUUGGAAGGGACAGUGGCUUGCAACAGACACCAUCGGCAAGUGGUAGCGCAGGCAAUCCUUUCCGCACCUCAACCGCCUUUGAAAAUAUGGGGAAGGGAAUGUUGGGAGUUCUGUCAAAUGCACCUAAGGGCGUUGCGGGGGGAGGAAAGGCUGUCUUGGACGGCAUGACAGGCGUCUUUGCAGGGUUGAACAAAAGAAACACAGUUACAGCUUCAUCAAGUCAAGGUCGUGCUAGUCAAGAUAAUCUUGAGCGACCACAUUCUUCUUCUACCGCUAGCCAGCUACAGACUAGCAGGGCCUCGGCUGAUCAACCCACCAUCAAUCCACUGAACUCGCCAUCGUCUACUGCGAGUAGUGAAAAUCCGAUGGAAGCAGACUAUGAGAAAAAUGCCGGAGAGCUUACUCAAUCGAGGGAUUCAAAUUAUACAGCUUCUUCUACCAGUCUGGAAAAGAUUGACCCGGAAUAUACCACUCAGGAUAAUGCUCCUAAUACAGAGCUUGAUCAACAGACUAACGAGAUCCCACCUGAACAAGAAGACAAGGGAGCCAAUGCUUCCAGUUCCUCUACAGGCACUCCCAUUACCGACGAUGAAACCCGUAUCGCAGUCGAGCUGAUAUUCGCUGUCAUAAAUGAGUUAUACACGCUAUCUUCUGCGUGGAACAUACGAAGAACGCUGCUUAAUGCCGCAAAGACGUAUAUAUUAAAACCAGGGAAUCCCCAUCUGGAAUCAAUACGUGUCUUGGUGCAACAAUCAAUGAUCGAUGCCAACACCUCAGACGAUGCUAUCGCAACUAAUAUAACCAAGACCAGGGAAAACUCUCUCCCGACGCCUGAGGAACUAAAGCUAUGGCCGCCUCCUCUGACUGCAGAGGAGAGUGAGAAGCUCAGAGUCGACGCCAGGAAAUUGCUCAUUGAAAGAGGCAUGCCUCAAGCUUUAAUGAGCGUGAUGGGCGGUGCAGCCACUGGAGAAGCGCUCGCCAGGGUCUUUGAUUGUCUGCAAGUAGAAGAAGUUGCCCGAGGCUUCAUAUUUGCGCUUAUUUUGCAGGCCCUUCGAGCUAUUAUUCUUUAG